CCCUCUUAAGUCUCAAGCCCCCUUCAAUCCUUCUCCACUACCUGCACUUCUCUUUUCUUUAGCCCUCUCUUUUUUCCCCCACCACCAAAAUUAAACAUGGCCAUAAGAAAAUCCAACAAGUUACCCCAAACAGCAGCUCUCAAACAAAUUCUCAAGAGAAAGAAACAAGUGUAUGAUGAGCAACAGGGGCUUCCUGAUGAUGUACCAAAAGGUCACUUCGCUGUCUACGUAGGGGAGAAUAGAGGCAGAUAUAUUAUUCCAAUAUCAUGGUUGGAUCACCCUGAGUUUCAGAGUUUGCUUCAAAGAGCUGAAGAAGAGUUUGGCUUUAAACAUGAGAUGGGUCUUACCAUUCCUUGCGAAGAAGUUGUUUUUCGCUCCCUCACAGCUAUGAUCGGAUAAUAUGUGGAAGGACAAGUACUGAACAAAUUUCAUUUGAUAUUUAGGGUUGUUUGUUGAUGGAGAACUGAGCAUUAUAAUUUGUUUAACCCAGCUAGCAGUUAGAUGUCCAUGUAAAAUUUUUCUUAUCACUAUGCUUCUCAAAGGAUUGAUUAAUGAAAUGUUUCUUAUUGGGGAU